AUGUCUUCUCCUCAGAAUGAGGACACGUGCUAUUCAGAUAUCGAGAAUGAAUUUAUGCGGUAUCGCCCCCAGGUACAAAUCUUGAAUCUUGAAACAGAAAAGGAACGCUACCCUAGUGAUGUUUCUAUGCCGAUUGUAUCUGCUUGGAGGUGUAACCUGGCGGCCCUCUCACAGCGUCGAAAUUUGCUUUUUACAGCUCACCUCGACAAUAUCUAUGUAUGGAUUCCCAGUGGACCUCGCCAGCUCCUUGGGUCCCAACCCGAGAUGAUCAUUCACCCGGUGAUGAAAAACCCCAAUUCGCCUGGCUACAUCGACCGUUCUUGGCCUCAUACAAUCAAUCAAAUUAUUGUGGAUGAUCUGGGAGUUGAUGAGGUUUUGCUGUUGGCGACAGACUCUGGAAACGUGACUGGCUACAAUGUCGAGGCUAUUUUCUCAGCAAUCAAUAGGAGCUCCGAACAUGGAGGAAGCCGACCAUUUGAUGCGCAUGAAGUAAAGCCUUUCUUCGCUGAAUAUGUUUACUCAAGUGCAUGGGGCUUAGCCAUCCACAAAUUUGCUCGGUUGAUUGCCGUGAGCGCGAACACAGGCGUUAUCACAGUCUUUGCUUUCGCGUUAGUGGAUGUUGUGUCUGAGAGUGACAGUAUCAGUCUUAGUUCUUCUGAGACCUCAAGUGUGGGAGGCUCUGGUGUAUGGGAAAGCACAUGGAUAUGCAUUGACAGUGCACCGGAGAUGGAGGAGCUGAAAAAGGAGAUGCCCCAUCAUCGGACAUGCAACCUGCGGCUCAGCUAUACUGGUCAUUUUGACAACAUCCCAUGCGUGUCGUUUGCCAACUUUGAAUUGGACCCCAAUGGUCUGUGGAUGGUCAGCACCGAUAUCCGCAACCGAGUCUGUGUAUGGAGAGUCUGGGACAACCUAACCCCUGUCAAUACAUCCAGUUAUGAUUAUCCAGGGGGUGUUGAAGGACAAACGGGCUGGUUCGUCUUUCCUUUACAUCCUCGCAAAGUUCAACAGCACCAAUGGAAGUUUGAUGCCUGUGGAUGCGAACCGGUCCUAAGAAGUACAAAGGAUCGGAUGGUUUAUGAGCUGUUAGAUGCGGCUGAUUACGUUGCGUCGAGAUCGGUCCUCGCUUCUAGGAAAGUCGCACUUGAAGAACGUGCAACGAUUUCGAGGCUAUUUCUACCAGACGAUGUUUUUCUUCCUGAUGAUUCUCGGCCUCUAUCACUGAGCCCAGAGCUCGAUCAUACAACUCCAGAGGCUUCAAAAACUGCUUCUCCUGCCAGUGCUAGUGAGAGCAUUGUUACCAGCACUGGAUUAUCACAAGACUAUGCAGUGGAUCCACCCCGUCGAUCUAUCCGCGAGAGACGUGAUAUUGCCAAUUUAAUUGAAGAAGAAAAUGAGCAAUGGGGCAUAGAUCAUCCUUAUGACGAAUAUGUUGAACACCCUUUCAUACGCCAUCCAUGCAAUCCUCAAUUCUUUCCUAUUCUCCACUUCUCUGGAAAUAGGAUAACUUUAAAUCCUUAUCCGUUGGACCAUGGAUGCCAGUCGUUCUGUCAUGAUCCACUUGAGUUGCUUGUAGGAGAUACCAUAUUCCCUUCCUGUGAUCGCUUAAACUUGGUCAAGUACCUCCCUGAACUUGGGAUCGUUAUUGCCGCCUCCCAGGCCGGUGGAGUUGCCAUCAUCACUCUUACCUGGCAAGAGGAAAUUGGUCACAGCUUUCGCCUAGACUGGCUUCUCCCUUUCAUCAACCAGGACAGGGACGAUAAAUCUCCACCAUCACCUAUUAUGGGUAUUGCCGCAAGUCCUAUGCCUGGAUUUGAGAUGCCGCCAGAUGUCCCUUGUAUACCUCUGGAUGUCAACCACAAAGAUCGGUUGAGGUUCAACCACCGUCUGCUCAACCCGGAUAAAGAUGAGCCUGGUGUCGCAGACUCCCCGGAUACGGGGCUUCCAGUCCCUCUAACCCGGAUCUCAGCGCUGACUCCGAAAUCCCGAACCUCACAAUUCCUGAAACCCACGCCUAUGCCUCAAGCAUCUACCAACCCCAUGAGACAUGGCAUGGUUACCAGCCUUCUCGACAUUACAGGUUGA